CAGAGAAAUGGCAACUACGCAAUCUGUCUUCACAUUUGCUCUCUGCAUUUUAAUGAUAACUGAAUUAAUACUGGCUACAGAGAGCUAUUAUGAUAUCUUAGGAGUUCCAAAAAAUGCAUCUGACCGCCAGAUCAAGAAGGCGUUUCACAAGCUGGCUAUGAAAUACCACCCAGACAAAAAUAAGAGUCCUGGUGCAGAAGCAAAAUUUAGAGAAAUUGCUGAAGCAUAUGAAACAUUAUCAGAUGAGAAUAAACGAAGAGAAUAUGAUCAGUUUGGCCGUCAUGGAGGACAAGGAAAUAAUGGAAGCCCGUUCCAUCAGUCAUUUAAUUUCAACUUUGAUGAUCUGUUCAAAGACUUUGACCUCUUUAGUCAAAACUCACGGUCCAAAAAGCACUUUGAAAAUCACUUCCGAAGUCAUCGGGAAGCUCACAAUCGGCAAAGGCGUUCUUUCCAAGAGUUCUCCUUUGGAGGUGGACUGUUUGAUGAUGUGUUUGAAAAUAUGGAAAAAAUGUUUUCGUUUAGUGACUUUGAAAAUGCACACCGGCAUGCAGUGCGAACUGAUACCAGAUUUCAUGGAUCCAGUAAGCACUGUAGGACUGUCACUCAGAGACGAGGAAACAUGGUUACCACAUAUACAGACUGUUCUGGACAAUAAUGUUUCCUUUCUUUUCAUCUCUUUUCUUCUUCUUUCAACAUCUUCAUGAUCUUUCUUGGUUUUGCGCUAACACGGAAAAAAUUCUUUGAACUGUGUGUUCUAAAAAAACACUUAACUGCUAUAAAGAAAUUGUAGAUGAAAACUAAUCUUCAGAAUAGAAACAACAUGCAUUUGGGAAGUAGAUGUCUCAGUAACUACUUAGAAUGGGAGAGAAAUCUCAUGUGGCAGAGGAAAUUAUGUGUAUUUCAGUUUAGUAAACACUUUCCAUAAAUCUGAACUUCAACACAAGAUAUAUAUUUUUAAUUUGAGAAAUGUAAUAUAAUUUUUUCAUACAUGCCAAUUCAAGACUGUUUGAGUUACUGGUGCAUGGAUUGCAGCAGAGGGGAAACUUUAACUUUGAAGUGCUGCUUUUUUUAUCACAUCUUUCCAAGUUUUCACUUGCAGUUUUUACCUGAUACAGACUUACUGUGCAAAUUGGAUAAUUUACGCAAACUACCAUCAGAAAUAUGACUUACCUGGAUCUUUGUUACUCUGUCCAGCAUUGCAAAUAUAUUAAUCAUAAAACACUUCUUAAAGUUGGAAAAUAACAAGAGGAAAUAUGUUAAGAUUGUGCUUCACCUAGGAGAGUGAUGUUGGAAUUAAUUCUAUUUCUGCAUAGCCUUUCAUUGGCCUGAAAAGAUCUUGGGAUUUGAAUAACCCUUGACUUAUUUAAGGGAUAUUCAUGUAUGUAAGCUUGCGUGCAUGCAAGGUCUCUUUUUUUUCUUCCAGAAUACAAAUAACUGUUUAUCGAGGUUUGGAAGAGCAUACUGAAAACACUCUUGUUUUAUGCUUAUUAUAUUACCACGUGUGCAAUGUAGUUUCCUUAGCUCAGUUUAUUGAACUUAAGUACUCCUCUGUGCUCUUGUGAGCUUAAACAAGAUAAGCUUGCCUGCGGAUUCCUAGUGUUUCUGGAAGGGCCUAAAUAAAAAAAUAGAUAGAUUGUGUUUAGAUUGACAGAUUUAUUACCUGUCAGCAGGAAUUUUUCAGUGUUGUGAUUUGAAAGGUAAAUUCUUAGCAUAAACACAGAGUAAAACUGAAAAUUACAAUUGUUGUAUUCAUCUAAUGCCUUGUGGUGCUGGAAUCUGCCAAUAAGGACAGUACUAAUGGGUAUCAAUUUCAGCACCAUGGAAAUCUGUAACCAGUCUAAACUAUUUAAAACUAAAAAAAGAAAAAAAACAA